GGAAAGCGCAACAGCGAAACACGAGCCGUUUCAGUGUUUUUAACAUAUUUGUUGGACUACUACUUUUUUUUCGUAAACUACCCCUCUUCAGAAUGUCUCAACAGGCAGGUUAUUCGCCCAACUUCAAGCGACCGGCUGAAAUUAUGCGAAUGAGGAGGAAAAGAGCACGAAGCGAAGCCGGUGUCUUCGCUAGUCCGAGCGGCCACGGUCCUACUGGCAGUCCCGGAUCAAGCGACUCAUCGCCGGGAUGCGUUCGGCCCUUCUCCCCGGGACCGCUUUUCAACACCCAGAAUCGCUCGGGAGGUGGCGUAAAACGCAGGAACCCCUUCGCGAAUAUUGAGAAUACCUACAGCCCCAAAAAGAAACUCCUCAUUUAUAACGACGACGGUGAUGCCGAAGCUGCAGCCCAGACCGAUAAGUCUACCGAAAAGGAGGGAGAGGAGGACGUGUCAACAAAGACCGAGGCUCCGGGAGUUUUACCUUUCAGUUCGAGGUUGACUGAGGUAGAAAAACAGGAGCGCCAAAGCAUUUCCAACAAGAAGUGUCUCACGUUCUCCGAAGACGACUCUCUGUUUGAAGAAGAGGAGGAAGAUGUUAAAAGUCCACUGCUGAAGAGUCCCCAGGCCAUCGCUCCUGCCUCCAUAGCUCCUCCCGUCUGCACAGAGUACCCAGCAGACUGGAGCCUAAAGACUCGCCUCCUCUUCACCUCCCCUCUCACCCUUUCAUGGGCAGAGCACCCCAAAGCCCAGGAGCAAGCUCUGGGGCUCAGCCAGCACUGCCGAGCUCAGUUUAGCCCUCUGCCACACAUUCUACAGGAUCCCAAGUCCUGCUCGGAGCUACGUUGUGCCUUCCAGCAGAGUCUGGCAUACUGGCAGCACCCCUCCCUGCCCUGGAUCUCUCUGUUCCCCAGGAUCAAUGCUGAGAGAAGCUUUACUGGGAAGAGCACCCCAUGGGCACAAGACACAACACUGCAGCAGAGUCUCAUGAGUGAAUGGUCAGUCAGUGUGUCGUCUCUCUACAGUCUACUGAAGGCCCGACUGUGUCCUUACUUCUAUGUCUGCUCCUAUCAGUUUACAGUGUUGUUCAGGGCAGCAGGUCUCGGGGGCUCCAGCAGCAUCUCUGCCUUAAUCUCUCCUACGACCAGGGGUCUCAGAGAGGCAAUGAAGGCUGAAGGUAUUGAGUUCAGUCUCCCUCUAGUGGAGGAGAGGCGGAAGAGCAGGGAGCAACAUAAUCUGACAGCGCACCAGGGAGAGGAGGAAGAGCAGAAGGAGAACGCGCAGGAGAGUUCUGAGCUGAAAGCGGGUGAAGACUGUCAGGCAGGGGAUGAAGGAGAGAACGAUGAUGACGAAGACGGCAGCUUCUCUUGGCUGAAGGAGAUGGGAGUCCAGGACAAAAUCAAGAAACCAGACAACAUCCUCAUCCAACUUCGUAAGGAGGGCAACGCUGUGUCUCUGGACCACAAGCCGGAGUCUGUGGUGUGCGUGGAGGGAUCACACACUUUCACCCUCAUCAACUUCCUUAUCAACUGUAAGAGUCUGGUGGCUGCGGCGGGCUCGCAGGCCGGGUUGCCCCCAACACUGCUGGCUCCCGUCGCUUUCAGAGGAGCUACAAUGCACACACUGAAGGCCCGCAGUGUGAAUGUGAAGAGCCAGGUUGGUUCUACGUACCAGAACAUCAGCAGUCUGGAGAUCUCAGGACCCAUCCUCCCCUCCUCUCUGCACACCGUCACCACCCUCCUUCGGUCCGCACAGAAAGGAAACUUCUCGGGGACUCUUUACACACACACACCAACUGCCGUCAUGAACACACCCACCACCAAGGAACAGGGUCCCGGUGGGUCUGUGGACCUGUCCGGUUUCGGCCUCCAGCCUGCGUCCAUCCAGCAGCUUCAGCAGCCCUCCAGCCUGGGCAAGACUGCUCUGACUCACAUCAACAUGAACAACUACAGCUACACCUGGAAGAACUGACAGAGGCAAGUGCUGGUGGAGUUUCAGAGUUCCCUCUACAAAAGAUGAUCUUCCGACUGACCUCAUUUUAAAAGGAACAGACUCGGACUGCUUUAACUUCCUGAUUUAAAAUGCCUUUACAAACAGAUUUUAUUGCAUUGCACUGUAUUUUUAAUCUCUCUUUUAAAGCUGUGCUCUUGUAAUGAAUGGAUUGUUCUGAAUUAUUAGAUUUUUAUUGUAGAUAAAUGCGUGGUUUGAUAGCUUGUUUGAAAAUAAAUACUUUGAAUUUGUUUUAUUUUGGAGGAAACUGAUUUUUUUUCUCCAUUGAAUUUGUUCAGUUUCAGCUUUUAUCAA